AUGGACAUCAACUUGAUCUUUUCGUUUACAAGAUUACAGCAGGCCAUCGUGGUGACAGAAAACACUCUGGCUGAGAAUCAAAAACUUAUGAACGAAAUUCGUCUAUUCCAGCAGCAGGUGGAGUCGAUGAAUGCUACGAGCCAGGAUGACGUCCCAUGGAACGAUAUUCAGCUGGUAUUGCAUCAAACACAUGACGAGCUAGUGUCUGCGACCACGCGAUACAGGAACGCGAUCGACGCUCUCCAAACCGCAGACUGGCAUCAUUUUUGCCCGGCUCUGGAGUGA